UCCAGAUGUUUAUGUGUGAAGGUACAUGACAUAUUGCCUCAUCAUGUUUUCUCAAAUUCACGUUGUCCUCGACCUAUUGCUAUUCUGUUUCCACGCAAAGGCACUGGUCAAUCAUGGCGACACUCAAGCCAGAAUCUUGAUUUUAGGGGCGGGGGCUUCUGGCUUACAAGCGGCCAGGACUCUCCACGAUAAUGGAAUGGAUGACUUUAUCAUUGUCGAGGCUGCUGAUCGGAUCGGUGGGCGCGUCCAGAGCGCACAAUUCGCUGGCUACACAGUGCCGCUUGGGGCAGGUUGGGUGCAACGAGCAGGUUCCCAAACGGAUCAACUUGUGCACGAUCUUGACUUACGUCGCCACACGAGUGAUUAUGACAGCUUGACUAUCCGCAACGCGACCGGGCACGAUGUGACUGACGAGGCCGAUGCGAACUACGAGCGUCUGGAGAAGGCCAUCGACAAACUUAACGAACUGAGCGCAAGACUGAAAAAGAAUGACGAUAUACCAGACAUGUCUCAGCGUUCUGCCCUUCGAAUCGGUGAGUGGAUACCACAAAGUGCGAUCGACAAGGCGAUCGAAUGGUUUGAAUAUGAUUUCGAGUACGCAGACGGACCUGAGGUUUCUUCUACCGAGGCAGUAGGUCUAGACGAAGGGGAAGAGUUGUACAUCACCGACACAGGAGGAUUCGAACGAAUCUUUGAUGAGGUUGCUGGUUUCCUGACGACGCCAGCAUACAUCAACCACACCCGUCUGAACCAGAAGGUGGUAUCCAUUGAUUACAGGAAUGACAUAUCAGUAGUCGUGACGUGUGAGGAUGGCACGCGAUACAUCGGCGAGUACGUUCUUAUCACCUUCAGCAUCGGCGUCUUGCAGAACCCUAAUUUGAUCCAGUUCAUCCCGACUCUCCCGGAAUGGAAAGAUGUUGAGAUUAAGAAAUUUCAGAUGGCUGCGUACACCUCCAUCUACCUCAGCUUUCCCAGCAAGUUUUGGGAUGACACUGAGUGGGUUCUGUACGCCAGCGAGAGAAAGGGUUAUUUUCCAGCGUUUCUCAACUACCAGGCAGCUGGGCUGUUUCCGAACGGGACUCCAGUGAUAGUGGUCUUUGUAAUUGGUGAUGAAUCUCGGCGCGUUGAGGCACAACCUUCAGACGCAACCAAAGCUGAGAUACAACAAGUCCUUCGUGACAUGUACGGUGACAGCAUCCCUGAAGCCACCGACAUCCUGGUGACUCGCUGGUCUCAAAAUCCCCUCACCGAAGGCUCCUUCAGCAACGUCCCCGUGGAGGUUCCUACCAAAUGCCGCCAGAAACUCCAGAGCCGAGUGGGUCGCCUCUUCUUCGGCGGCGAGGCAACUUCCGACCACUUUUCUGGCUACAUCGUCGGGGGUUUAGACUCGGGGGACCGCGAGGCCCGCAAGAUGCUGCAGUGUCUUGAAGAUUUCAAGGAGUGUCCAACUUUUGAAGGAGACGGCCUCGAAUGCGAACAGGCUGAAGCUGAUUCGGCCUGCUCAGUGCCCAGCAUUAAUACAGCCUUUCUUGGCCUUUUUUGUCUUUUUGGGAUACUAUGUUAUAGGCCUAUCUAAAAGUGAAACAUAACAAAGCGAUGAGUUGUGGAAUGGCAAAAUGGCGUUUUCCAACACUGUGUUGUUCAAGGUAUAAAUUGUAUACUGCUCCUAGUAAAAUUCAGGUAAACAUGACGACCCUUUCCAAUUUUAUCUGUAAAUGAUUUAUAAAUAUCACUGUUUGAGGUCGCAAAGAUUGAGCUCAUCUUGGCUCUUAAUUAGCAGUGUUCUCGCCGUUUUGACUAAAUUUCCAGUCGUCUUAAUUCGGUGAUAAACGUUUUUAUGUUGCCACAUUAUGUCGGCUGUAAUUUGAAACAGUAGGAUUGAUGUUCAAUUAUUGCAUUUUUAAAAAACUUAAUUACAAUAAUAUUAAUCGAUUUAUCAUUCAUUUUGCUACUGCUAGAUUAAUUGUACUGAUUGUUAAAUGUUACUGAGUGUAUCUUUGCCAUACUUAAGAGGUGUGGCGACCUAAGCUCCCAUUAAGGUGAGUACUUAUGUCAAACUUGGUUUAUUUUCGACCAAAAGAAUUCAAUAAGUGUGAUUUUUUCGGCUUCUAUUUGUACCUGCAAUGUAUUAUUAUUAUUUUUUCUUUACGUCGGUUUCGUUUAAACCGCCAGUUUUUAAUAAUUAUGUGUGACCAUUUCUUUCUUUUUUAAUGUGGUCGGCUGAUUAUUUUAAUCAAGUUUUACGUUCAUCGGGACUUAGAUGACUUUGAUGUAAGUGGGUUUCUGCGGUGAUCUAUGCUAUCUACAUAAUUAUGUACAAUGGCUGCCAUAUUGAGAAAAAAAGUCUAACAUC